GCCGCGGCCUGCGAUUGGCUGUGCUGAGGCCCGCGGCGAAAGCGGCCUUUCCAGGGCACCGGAAGCGGCGGCGCCUGAGCGAGGUGACUAAAAAUGGAGAAAAUAGUGAACAGAAUUUGUCUGGCUUCCACUCCGGACACGAUAUAUUUUCUACAGGUUGCUUGGGAAAAAGACUUAAGCACUGGUUUUGUUGCAACACUUAGUGAUGGGCAAUCAGCAUGGACUGGGACAGUUUCUGAAGCUGAAAUUUCUAGGGAAGCUGCUGACAUGGAAAUGGAAAGAGAAAAAUAUGUUGAAGAACUGAGGAAAGCACUGGUAUUAGAAGCAAGACCAGCUAAUAUAUAUAAUUUCUAUAUUUCUAAAGAUGAAGAAAAUGCAGACUACUUUCAUUUCUCUUAUGAAAAAAAUCUGAAAGAUUUUUCUUUUAGACUUGGAUCACUGAAGCUACAGAAAGUCUCAGCUCCAGCUGAAGUCAUUCAAGAGCUGAUUAGCUAUUGCCUAGAUUGCAUAGCAAGACUUCAUGCCAAAAAUGAGCACCUGCAAAAAGAAAACGAAAGGCUUCGAAGUGACUGGAAUGACGUACAAGGACGACUUGAAAAAUGUGUGGAAGCUAAAGAAGAAUUAGAGACAGAUCUUUAUCAACGGUUUGUUCUGGUGCUCAAUGAAAAGAAAGCAAAGAUAAGAAACUUACAAAAGUUAUUAAAAGAAGCUAAGGAACCUACAGAGGAUAAAACACAUGCAAGCACUUCUCCCGUUGAAACUACUGCUGAAAGAGAAGAUGAUUAUGAGGGCAGCACUGAUGAGGAAAGUGAGCCUUUAACACAGCCUUCAGUAGCAUUAGGUACAGAAAGAAGGGAUUCCCUUCUAAACAGCCCAGACACGGUUGAUAUAGCUCCAAACAGAAAGCGGAGACAAAGGGCUCUAAAGACUGCUGGAACAGGACCGAAAAUGGCUACACACGAGACAGAUCUGCAAGUAAACAAAAAAAUUAGAAAACAGAAGGUGACAUCCUUGCUCCACUGAGUUAAUAGCAAAAUCUUUCUAACAAGUGGGGAAUCAGAAAGAGUUCCACGGUUACUUCCUUUUGGUCUGUAAGCAAUGUUUAUUAUGUUAUCAAUGAUGUCAGUACAGUUCCAAAGAUAUAAUUUAUAAGUUAACUUUUGCUCCUCUUGUCUGAUUCUGCAAUGCUGAUUUUAACUUUAACAUGUCAUAAAUAAUUAGCAUAAUUUUCAAAGGCAUUGAGGGGUCUCAAUCUCAGUUACAGAAGUGAUUAGAAUAUUUAGGGGCUUUAAUCUCAUUGAAAGCCAAUGAAACAGAUUCCUAAGUGAAAAUGAGAGUCUUAGAUUAAGUAUGAGUGAACCAGGUAUACAGCUGAGGUUGGCAACUUGAGGUUGUAGGAUUUCCAUAUUUGGAGGUUUUUAAGAGAAAGCCUUGGUUGAGAUUGUCUAGUUGGGGCUGGUCCUGCUUUGAGCAGGAGGUUGGACUAGAUGACCUUCUGAGGUCCCUUCCAACCCUCAUUUUCUAUGUUUCUAUGGAGGCCCAUGGCAGAUGUUACAUUUAAGGCGUGAUUUACAAGUUAAUCAUGUCUUAAGUGGUAACCUGCAGCCACACAUUCAUGUGAUUAAUGGUGAGAUUAAAUAGGGAAUAAGCCAAAGUUAUUAUAGAAAAUAUGUGUAAUAACUUGGUGACUGGUUUCUGUCAUACAUUAAACUGAGCACAUGGCCAGUAUCAAUCAACUGAUUGGUGCUCCCAGCCCCCAGAGCACAACAGAAUGCAGUUCAACAAGGAGAAAUGCAAAGUGCUGCACCUAGGGAGGAAAAAUGUCCAGCACAACUACAGCCUAGGAAAUGACCUGCUGGGUGGCACGGAAGCAGAAAGGGAUCUUGGAGUCCUACUGGACUCCAAGAUGAACAUGAGUUGGCAGUGUGACGAAGCCAUCAAAAAAGCCAAUGGCACUUUAUCGUGCAUCAGCAGAUGCAUGAUGAAUAGAUCCAAGGAGGUGAUACUUCCCCUCUAUCGGGCACUGGUCAGACCGCAGUUGGAGUACUGCGUGCAAUUCUGGGCGCCACACUUCAAGAAGGAUGCGGAUAACCUGGAGAGGGUCCAGAGAAGGGCCACUCGUAUGGUUAAGGGCCUACAGACCAAGCCCUACAAGGAGAGACUAGAGAAACUGGACCUUUUCAGCUUCCGCAAGAGAAGGUUGAGAGGCGACCUUGUGGCUGCCUAUAAGUUCAUCACAGGGGCACAGAAGGGAAUUGGUGAGUAUUUAUUCACCAAGGCUCCCCCGGGGGUUACAAGAAAUAAUGGCCACAAGCUAGCAGAGAGCAGAUUUAGACUGGACAUUAGGAAGAACUUCUUCACAGUUCGAGUGGCCAAGGUCUGGAACGGGCUGCCAAGGGAGGUGGUGCUCUCCCCUACCCUGGGGGUCUUCAAGAGGUUAGAUGAGUAUCUAGCUGGGGUCAUCUAGACCCAGCACUCUUUCCUGCUUGUGCAGGGGGUCGGACUCGAUGAUCUAUUGAGGUCCCUUCCGACCCUAACAUCUAUGAAUCUAUGAAUCUAUGAAUUAGCAGCUGACUGGUGCUACCAGCCGCAGGUAUACUGGCACCCAGCUUGCUACUUGCUAGUGCAGGGGGAGCCCGGAAUCAUAAUCCUCGAUUCCACAAUCAUGCCUUUUGUCAUGCACAUGCGGCAUAGCACAUAGGGCCUCGCAUUGCUUAAAUCUGUGCUGGAGUGUUAACUUGAUUAGAAUGCAAACCCAAUGGUCUCCUUAAUUUUGAACUUCAGUGUUUGUCUACAAGCUGGGGAUGGAGUUGAGAAAAAUAAAGAGCUCAGAAAAUUCAUCCAUUUAAAUCAUGCCUAUACCAACACCAUUGUGAAUUUGUGCUGCCUCUGUUUUCAGUGAUAUUAGCACUGCACAUUCAUAUCAACAAGACUGAUGGGGUAGGACAUAAUGAAAACAGAAAACUGUUGCAAGCUUUUAAGCUGAUUGAUUAAAGUCACAUUUUACUCUAUAGGUUAAGUUAAAGCCUUUAUCUCCCUAUUUGAUGGUUUUCUUCUUACUUUAAAAUGUUCUUUAUAUUCAAAUGCCUGUAGCUAAAUGUCUAAAGCAUUAAGUGGUAGGAUUUACAUAAGAAUAAAUUAUUUACAUUGGUUUUAUAAUUCCUACCAGAUUCUACCAUGGUUUUAAUUCAUUUAAUCCUAAAAUCCCUAGCAAAAAGUCUUUUGAUACUCAGAACACAACGUAUAUAUGGUUGAUGUCCAAAGUGUUUCAGUUUAAGGCUCCAAAAUCAAAAGUUAUACUUACAAAGCUUCUUUUAAUACUAAGAACAUGCUUUGUCUUACUGCUUGGCUGAUUUCCUUAAAAUGUUGAUUUGUAAAGUGGGGUUUUGUUUAAAUGACUCCAGACCAUGAAAGUAUCGUGUUAAUAUGGAUGAUUUUCGCUGAAAUAAACUGUGUUCCAUUAAAAAUACAGUAAUAAAAUUCACAGCAUACAAU